AAUUGAAACCAAUCCUAAGCUCCUUGUUUCUCCACUCUAAAGGUAGCCUCGAUUAUUGCUAACUUAAGCAUCGGAGUGUUUACCCUCGAGGAUCCACCUCGGGGCUUUGUAGGUCAAUCCAGAGUGCAGAUACAGAUUGAAGAAGGACAUCUGGUUUGGUGCAAUUACAAGUAUGUAUGGAGUUACUGUAGAGCAAGUUCUAAGGGGACGAACUCGUUCUAAGGGGACGAGCUCAACCUCAACUAAGCGCAUCAUGCUUAGUUUCAAGAGCUUCUCGAGGUCGUACGUCUGUAAUAACUUAGCUCGUCCAAGUUUCACUAGCUUGACCGCGGCUGCGUCAGACGGACUCUAUUCUUCGGCUACGGAAGAAGCUUCCAGUAGAGACGCCUACAUCUGCCAUUUCGCUCACUCUCCUCGUCGAGUUUUCCAAAUUCUUGACACAGCAAAGCCAGAGCAUUUUUCUCUUUCUCAGUACUCUAUGCAUCGUCAUUUCGUUCUACUCAAAUCUCAGCCUCUUUCAUGGGCUGGAAUCUUCACCUCCCUCCCUUGGUCAUCUCUUUCCCGCCAGAUGAAUCAGAUGAACUUGUAAGGACUGAAGUUGCCGGAGGCCGAGUCAUUUCUCAAAAGACGCACGAUUUCAGGGCAACAGAUUGAUGAGAGCUUAAGUUGUGAUGGCUUGUGGUUGUGGGAUAUUCUGUCAAAUGACUUGGCUUGUAUGGUGGUACAAUGCAGCUGCAUUAGAACACUAUUCUGGGCCUCAGAUAAACAGGGCUAAUGCAUUCUAUCCAUCUUGAAGUUUAUGUAUGCUUCACUGGUUACUUCCCUUGCUUUGAGAUGGAUAAAUUUUGAUGACACUGGGGCUUACAAUUGGAAUGAAGGUAAUGCAAUGUUUAUUUAUUUAUAAAAGCAUAUAGGUAAUGCGGUGCCUGCAUAGCUAUAGUAAAUUUUGUUCUUAAAUUUAGAAAAUUACCCUUAAGUUAUUCAUUGUAACAAAACAGAAGACUAUUAGGGAAGCAAAGCAAUGGUCUAUGGGAUAUGUAAUUUCAAAUGCUUUGGCUUGUCAGAUAGCUAUCACUUGUCUUAGAGUUAGGGAUGGAAGUCCAGCUACUGCUAUCCAAUUCACUAGUCAAUAAUGUCCCUUCAUGGAUGAAAAUAGAGGAAAGUGCAUUGGGGUCAUUUAUUCUUUGUUAUAUGAUUUUAUGUAUUGAAUAUUCCAAACUUUAGAAAACUGAUAGAUAGAUCUUUUUCAUUCUUUUAUGGAAAGUUUAUCUACUCUUAGUUUAAACGGCUGUAAAUGAGUUGAAUAGCU